UAGGACGACCGUCAAAUGUUUUCCUGUUGAAAAAUUCCUUUCCACCUCCCUGGGAUCGAAGAUUGAUUAGUCUAUAAAUAUUGACCUGAUUGAAAAAGUAAUAGAUAGCAGGUAUCGUGUAGGUGCAUAACAUAGUUUAAAAUAUGGCAGAUAAAAAGGAAGAGAAGAAGGAGGAUGAUAAGAAAAAGGCUGAUAAAGCUAAAGAGGCUGAAGACGAUGAAUUUGCUGAUCUGAAGGACUUGGAUAUUGAUAGAGGGCAGCUCAAAAUGUUGAAGGAAAUCUUCAAUGCGUUUGACUUGGAAAAAACUGGAAAUAUCGGUGUAGAAAUGAUAGGACAAAUUCUGGACAUGUUGGGUCAACAACUUAGUCAGGAUGAACUGGGGGCAAUCGUCAAAGAAAUUGAUGCUGACGGUAAUGGUGUCAUGAGCUUCGAAGAAUUUGCACAUUUGGCUGCUAGAUUCCUAAUUGAAGAGGAAGAGGAUACAGAAGCAAUCUUGAGGGAACUAAAAGAUGCCUUCAGAAUGUACGACAAGCAAGGAUUGGGCUACAUUGGUGUUGACCUCUUACGCGAAAUUCUUAAAGAGUUGGAUGAGAAAAUAACGCCUAAAGAUCUCGAUCAAAUGAUAGAAGAAAUAGACACAGAUGGAUCAGGCACAGUCGACUGGGAAGAAUUCAAAGCCAUGAUGAUAGGAUAAGCCCAAGGAUGAAGAUAACAAUCUUUAUUAUACAUUUUAUAAAUAUUUUCAGAAUAUGAGAAUCUGUUUCACGUGUUUAGGAUUUGGGCUUUCUGCCAAAGACCUAAUUAAUUAUGGUGAUAGUUUAUACUGUUUACAGCUCUCUGUUUACUUUAAAAAAUUAUAUAAAAUCGUGAUCAUCAAUUCAUUUCAGAAUUAUUAAUGGCACCUGUAUAUUUAUAAACGCCAAAUUUUAUUAAUGUUUGAGUAAUCGAAUAUCGUACUGAUUUGUCUCGGUGGAAAUAUACUUCUCAAAGAGAAA